CCAGUUUAGCACAGCUCAUUAACAGCUGCCUGGUUGCUAGACGACUCUACCCGCAACAGUGAUGUGAAAACAGUAACCUCUCCAUGGAAAGACAGCAACAUGUUAGCGGAUUUCAGAAAGCUAUGGUCCACCGUGUCUGCCGUCGUCCUUUUACGUGGGUAAACCGAAGUAUUGUGGACGGAAAUCGGAGUUUUAGCUCAGCUGACGUCUCUUUUGUCGCCCCAUGUUUUUUUUUUUACUACUAGCAAGAGGGGGGGCAACCUGAAGAAGUGCUUUCUGACUCGGUGUGUGUGAGGGAGGAAAAUGAGACGAUCACACACGGAUAGAGUCGAGUUUUACAACUUAACGUAGCUAUGUUCAGUUCAGCUGCUAAGAUGUCUCUGGAGGCGAGUGAUGUUCAGACAGAUGAAGACUGCGAGGAGCUGGAAGGCUUCUCUUUCUCUGCUGACAUUUUGGAAAAGAGAACAAGGAGGAAGAGAUCUUCUGGCAAGCCUCCCCCGUCUCCAAGGUCUCCAUACCUCUCCAGUAUGAACAUGAAUCCCAGAAGAGCAGCAGUGGCCGCCUGGAGACUGCCGAGGGCCUCCCUGGGGGACACCCGAGGUGACACACCUGGGGAGAGCGGCUCGGCUCGCCUCACGUCCCUCAGCAACGGGCACGAUGCCUCCCAGACGCUGAGAUCAGAGUGCGAUGUCACACCAGAGCUUCUCAAACAGACCCUGAGCAUGAGGAAACACAAGCACCUUCACUCUGGAUCCAAUGGCUUCACCUUCAGCUCAGGUGACCACAGAGAGAAGGAGGACAUGUACGAUGAGAUUAUGCGUCUCAAGAAGAGUCUGCAGGCACAGAAGUCUGACAACCAUCAAAUGAAAGCCAAACUGCGCCGCCUGGAGGAAGAUAACGCUAAAAGAGAGAAGCAGAUAGAAGAAUUGUUGGAUCCCACUAAAGGAUCUGAAUAUACUCGUAGUUUGGUGGAUAAGAAAAAAGAAGGGAGCGUGGUUCUCAAUGGGCUGAAACAGAGAAUCCUGAAGCUGGAGCAGCAGUGUAGAGAGAAAGAAAAUGCUCUGAGUAAACUACAAAGUGAACUAAGGACCACCAACCUGGAGGAGUUGAAGAUCACAGUAGAAACCUACUAUGAGGAGCUCCAGAGGCUGAGGCUGCUUCUAGAAGCUGCAGAGAAGAGUAGUCGAGCAGAGAGUAAAUGCUCCCAGAGGCAGCAGAAAGCUUUAAGCUCCACGGUUCAUCGUCUGUCUGAGAACCUGAAGCAGGUCCAACAGGAGAACGCAGCGCUCAGAGAGGAGCUCAACACUGACAGUCCUGCAGGAGGAAUCAAAGGUUACAGAGAGUGGAGUAAACAGAGACUGUUGAGAAGGCUCUUGGAGGUGGAGAAGAGGCUGGAGGACAGCAGAAGACACGCCCAGUCAGCAAAGAGCAGCGGCCGAUUGGAUCAGGAGGUCCAGGCCACGCCCACAGAGAGUCUGGGGUUUACCAUGGCAACAGAGGCAGUCGUCUCCGUGGGAACGAUCACUGAGGAAGGGGAGGAAGGUUUUGAUCUGAGGGAACGCUUCAGCCAAUUGGAGAAGGAGAGGGUGGAGCUUCAAGAUACAUUGUCAAGUAAAGAUGAUGAGCUGAGACAGUUGAGGACUGAGAGAGAAGAACUGGAGAAAGACACAGAACAAUGGAAAGCUGAACAGACAAAAGAAUGGGACAAAGAGAGACAGCAGCAUAAACAGGAGUUGGACGAGUUGUUGGCAAGGAUCCAAACUCUUGAAGACAAAAGUAAAUCUGCACAAGCCGAGCUCUCCUCUCUCUCUGCCACGUCGCCAAAGGACAAUGAGGACACUCAUGAGGCUGAAGCUGGACUGGAAGAGGAAGAUGACAGGGACGCCCGAGGUAAAGAAGAGAAGGAAGAGGAAGAAUCGGGUACAGAAGCAGAGAAGAAAGAGAGAGAAGAAGCAGCGUUGGUCAUUCAGACAAACUGGAGGGAGCACAGAAAUAGGGACAUUGUGAUGUUGCAGUCGGCAUUAAGAGGCCACCUCCUGAGAGAGUCACAGCUCAAGGACCUGCUGAAGGACACACAGAAUAAGGCUGCAGAAGCGACAAAUCGCAGCGAUGUUGCGUCCUCCUUAGAAGGAGAGCCGGAUGUGGUUGCCUUGACGAUGAUACAGUCUGUAUUCAGGGGACACCUGGCUCGCUGUAGUCUUGCAAUAGAGAGUUCAGGAAUCUCUGUGCCUUCUCUAAUGGAAAGCAAUUUGCCUACGCUGGUACCAAGAAGAGCGCGCUCAGCCCACACAAACAGCAGAACAGGUGCAGCAUCCCUUCAUAAAGAGGAUGAAAAGCUCGGUGAGGAAGAAGACCACUGGCUUGUCUCUAGCACUCACUCUUCCAGGAUGAUGCCCACAACAGAGCUUCAUUGCACAGCCGAGUCUGGUGGAGCCGCUGCAGUUGAUUCAGAUGACUCAGAUGACAUCAUCGUGUCUCCGUCACGUCCUCUGAGAAGCAGAGAAGUCUUAAUGUUAUAGACCUUCUGGGUUUUGUAUAUAUGUGUGUGUGUGUGAGAGA